AUGGCUAUGCAACUCGAUAUGUCCAACGCCCAGGUGAUGAAGGAUGAGACGGGAAGGCCCUUCAUCAUCGUCCGGGACCAGGGCAAGAAGAAGAGACAGCACGGCAAUGAGGCGGUCAAGUCACACAUUCUUGCCGCCAGGACGGUCGCCAACAUUGUCAAGACGUCGCUGGGCCCCAGGGGUUUGGACAAGAUUCUCAUCUCCCCGGACGGCGACAUCACGGUCACGAACGACGGCGCCACGAUUCUUUCGCAGAUGGAGAUUACGAACCACGUCGCCAAGCUCCUCGUCGAGCUUUCCAAAUCCCAGGAUGACGAGAUCGGAGACGGCACCACUGGUGUAGUCGUUCUGGCCGGCGCGCUGUUGGAGCAGGCGUCGGACCUGAUCGACAAGGGAAUCCACCCCAUCAGGAUAGCGGACGGUUACGAUGCGGCUUGCGAGGUCGCCGUGGCUCAGCUGGACAAGAUCAGUGACGAGAUCCCCUUCACCAAGGAGGAGACGGAGAAUCUGUUCAAGGUCGCCAAGACCAGUCUGGGAAGCAAGAUCGUCUCCAAGGCCCACGACCAGUUUGCACAGAUUGCCGUUGAUGCCGUGCUCUCGGUUGCGGACCUGGAGCGGAAAGACGUCGACUUUGAGCUUAUCAAGGUCGACGGCAAGGUCGGCGGUGCGCUGGAGGACUCUCUGCUCGUCAAGGGUGUCAUUGUGGACAAGGACUUCUCGCAUCCUCAGAUGCCUUCCGAGGUCCGGGACGCGAAGCUCGCUAUUCUCACCUGCGCGUUCGAGCCGCCCAAGCCCAAGACCAAGCACAAGCUGGACAUCACGACCGUGGAGGAGUUCAAGCGCCUGCAGCAAUACGAGAGCAGCAAGUUCACGGAGAUGAUUGAGCAGAUCAAGGCGACCGGUGCCAACGUCGUCAUCUGCCAGUGGGGCUUCGAUGACGAGGCCAACCACCUGCUCCUCACCAACAGCCUGCCUGCUGUGAGAUGGGUCGGUGGCCCUGAGAUCGAGCUCAUCGCCAUUGCCACCAACGGCAGGAUAGUGCCAAGGUUCGAGGACCUGAGCGCUGAGAAGCUUGGUACGGCUGGCGUUGUCAGGGAGAUGAGCUUCGGCACGACGAGGGACAAGAUGCUCGUCAUCGAGGAGUGCGCGAACACCCGGGCCGUCACCGUGUUCGUCAGGGGAAGCAACAAGAUGAUCAUCGACGAGGCCAAGCGGUCACUUCACGAUGCCAUCUGCGUCGUUCGCAACUUGGUUAAGGACAACCGCAUUGUGUACGGCGGUGGCGCGGCCGAGAUUGCUUGCUCAUUGGCCGUCGAGGAGGCAGCGGUCAAGAGCCCCGGCCUCGAGCAAUACGCCAUGCGCGCGUUCGCCGACGCGCUCGACGCGGUGCCGAUGGCGCUGGCGGAGAAUUCUGGUCUCAGCCCGAUCGAGACGCUUGCGUCCAUCAAGUCGCGGCAGGUGAAGGAGGAGAACUCGCGGUUAGGUGUUGACUGCAUGCAAACGGGCACAAACGAUAUGCGCGAGCACUUUGUCAUCGACCCCCUGAUCUCCAAGCGCCAGCAGCUGUUGCUCGCCACGCAGCUCUGCAGGAUGGUCCUCAAGGUCAACAACGUCAUCAUUGCCGGCAGCGACGAGAACGAGUUUUAA